AUGCAUAGUCUGUCCUUACCUCCUCCGACUUCACUCCCUUCUACGCCGUUCGGGCGACGUCAAGAGCCAGGAAACAGCCUGGCAAAGUUUCCUUCCCAGUUCAGUCCUGGCAGGUCUGAACCCCACAGCUAUCCAUCUCCUCCCAUGUCAGAUUCUCACUCGCCCGCCCGCCGCUCAGCUCAUGUUGUCGAACCUGAAGGCCAUCCGUACCCUCCAUUGAACGAACCACGUAGGAUAGAAGGCAUCGCGCCGCCUCCCCCGCCUCCGCCUCUGCUGGAUCCUCGUUCUGCACCGUCUGCUCCGGGAGUCCCGCAUCAACGACCGUUGUAUCCCGGGGAGCCCCACUCUCGAGGUCAGCCGCUGCACUAUCAGCCGGGACGCGCAAUUGAACCACAUUACGGAGGCGUACAAAUUGCGCAAAACUAUGCGUAUGGAUAUCCCACUCCAGGUCCUCCUUCCUACCUCGGCAGUCAAGGGCCGGCUCCGGGUCCCCAAGUGCAGCCGACAGCCCUCAUUGCACCGCCGCCUCACAGACAGAAUAAGCCAGCGCGAAGGACUAAAGCGCACGUAGCGUCUGCCUGCGUCAAUUGCAAGAAAGCGCAUCUUAGCUGCGAUGUUCAGCGUCCGUGCGGUCGCUGUGUUGCGUCUGGGAAACAGGAUACGUGCAAGGAUGUGCAGCAUAAGAAAAGAGGGAGACCGAGACUGAGAGACGACAAAGAGUUCGGCAGAAGCGAUGAAACAAGAACGGCACCUACUCAGCUCUUGGGCGCGUUGCCUUCCUCCAGCUCCGACCCCUUCGCUCAGCAGCCCCUCUUCCAAUCCUCGCAUCGAGCUCCUGAUCCGCAUCGCGUAUUGAGAUCCUCUCGAGACGAGGAUAGUCCCAUUAUCCACCAGCGGCCUACUCUUGCUUCUACAAGUGGGCGUCAACCAAGCGUGGGCAGCUAUGGUGGAGUGGCCGCAUCGCCUUAUACGCCCGGGACGCAUUUGGUACACCAUUCGCUGCCAUUAGCGUUUCUUAACUUAGACCUUGUCAUUCAGAAAUCGAACCAAGAAUUCCAGGAUCUGGUGCCUUUCCUAGGCGAUGUCCGCGGAAAGAGUCUGGCGGACCUGCUGGAGAGGAGCCAGGCAGACGUUCUGCACCGUCUGCGCAACGAACUCCGAGACGAGAGGGACGAACGGGAGCCAACGUAUAUGGCGCCAAUCACGCCGGUUGGGCAAGAUCCUAUGCAGUCCAUGAUGGAGUCGGUGUCAGAGCGGGAUGUUGAACAUGUCAGUCGGGGCUACGCUGAUCGUCCAGUGUUACUAAACUUUCGCCUCCCGAACGGGCAAUACCAAUCGCUGCAAACUCAGAUCCGCCUUGCCAAGAUGGUGUCGCUAUACUUUGUCACCCUGAUCGUUCAUACUCCUCCUCGACCAGCGGGUCCUCCUCUUUUAACACAGCAAUUGGCACCGCCGACGCCGAUCCACGCCUCCCAAACCAUGUCAGCGCCUACGACUGCUCCUACCAGGGAAUUCGGGCCGUAUCCUGCUCGGCCAGCGUCUUCUGCUAGUUCCGCCCCGACCUCUCCCUAUUUCAAUUUCUCCUCAGUCCGAACCUCACUUCCAACCAUCAGUUCCAGUUCGUUCGGGAGCAGCCCUUCGUAUGGCUACUCCCCUACGGCUGGUCCCGAGCAGGGAUAUUUUCCGACUUAUCAGCCGCUAUCCCAGCCGGGAGCGUACCCCUCUCCGUAUCCGCCCGUUAGCAGGACCGGUUCCAUCACGUCCGAGCCCCAGCGUGACGCGAAUCGACCUGUCCGAUUAGAGGGGCUACAACUACCGCCGAUUCGAACAGCUCCAGGUCCUCCUUUGGGUUCGCCCUUAGGCCAGGAGUUUGCCGAAAGUGCAAGAGACCGUAUACGACGACGCGAAUCCCCUUCGAGUGCCGACCCACGGCCCGAUACGCCGGACACAGGCAAGCGACGACGAUUAAACAUACACGAAGUACUUGAGUGA